GAGCGUAGGUCUAGUGUGACGUCACGGUAGCCUAGUUGGGUUAGGUUUUACGCUGGAAAUUCUAACGAAAAAUUUUUGUUUGACGAUUGAUGUUUUCCUCGUCGCAUUCACCGAACCGAGCGACGUAGCGAGCUGACGUAGUGGCGACCGGUGAUCGUGUUUUAUAAAUCGUGCGAUCGCGAAACCCCGCGCUGUCGACGUAUAUGAAAUUUUAAACGGAAAAUGAGUCGACAUGAAGGGGUAAGCUGUGACUCCUGCUUAAAGGGUAAUUUUCGGGGUCGCAGAUACAAGUGCCUCGUAUGCUACGAUUAUGAUUUAUGUGCCAGCUGCUAUGAAGGUGGUGCCAGUACUACACGCCACCUUACCGAUCAUCCUAUGCAGUGUAUUCUUACUAGAUCUGAUUUUGAAUUGUAUUAUGGUGGAGAAGGUGUCAGUGUAGAACAACCUCAAUCUUUAACUUGUCCUUAUUGCACAAGAAUGGGUUUUACUGAAGCUACUUUGCAAGAACAUGUUGCUGCGGAUCAUCCAGACACUUCAUUUGAAGUUGUCUGUCCAGUUUGCGCAGCUUUACCAGGUGGGGAUCCCAAUAAUGUAACAGAUGAUUUUGCUGGUCAUUUGACUUUGGAACAUCGUAGUGGACCAAGAGAUCUCAUUUCUCUUCUGGAUGAGCCAGCUUCAAGUCGACAUGGAGUCAGACGAAUACCUCACCCAUCCAGAGGCGUAGGAGGGCAACGUCCACGCAGGUCCAACAUGCAUUUCAGUUCGUCUGGAGGCUUAAGUCCCAGUAGUCGAGAGGGUAUAGAUCCAAUCGCAGAAUUGUUAUCGCAAUUGUCGGGGGUUCGUCGAAGUGGUGGUGGUACAGGACAAAGUUCUUCAGCACCGUCUCAACUACAGCAGUUGCAAAUGCAGUUACAGUUGGAACGGCAACAAGUUAGAGCUGCUAGGCAACAGUUGGAACGGUUGCCCAGGAGACAGACACAGGUUAUUGGUUCAGUUAGUGGAGGAGGUGGUACAAGUGGUGGUCACUCUACUAAUAUGGCAAGUGUAGUGGCAAGCAGUACAAGUAGUAAUAACAAUGCAACCAAUGUGGCCAACUCAUCUGUUGUUUCAUCUACCAACUCACAGAGCUCAAUGUUUCUGUUGCCUAGAUGCAUUACAACUACACUGUCUGAUUCACAAUUGCAAAAUGUUGAACGCGAGAGUGCAAACAGAAGCCUCUUCGUUCGUGAACUUAUUCUUGGGACACUUUCGCAAACAUUGCCAGAUUUGCUACAACAACAACUGUCCAUUGCACAGACACCAAUAUCAAGUGCAACUACUGCCACGACAAGUCCUGAAACACCAAAUGCAAAUGCUUCCACGAUUCCCACGAAAAAAUUAAAUGUAACUCAAGAAACAAAACGAGAUCAAACAUCAAGUAAACAUGUAACGCCACCCCCUGUGCAGCAACAGCAGCAAUCGCAUAUUGUGCAAGCUGCAACUGGUAGUGUCGGAACAGGUCUGCAAAAUCAAGGAUUGUCUACAAAUUCUAAUAGUAUCACGUCGCAGAAUCCACCUAUGGUUCAAACGUUGAUGCAUAGUGUAUUACCCCAACCACUGGUACUGCAGCAGCCACUGCCUCCACCAAUUAGGAAUACUGGUACUGGGACCAUCAGAGAACCCAUAGCAAGCCCGGCACCUGCAUACCUGAGAGGUGGAGUGGGUCCGCUUUGAAAGUCAUUCGUUUUACCAUUAACCUUUGGCUUGCCGUACAUACUAAUUGGGAUUCAACUGGAAGCAACGGAAAAUAGAUAUAUACAUACAUACACACUACUUUUUAUCGUACGUGGCGUAUUUAAAAACGUAUUUUAUACGUUUCCGAAUUUACUUUUCAUGCAUUCUACAACGAAUUUCUAGAAGAUCGAAAUUCGACCAGCGUUCAACCACCUCGUCUAGAGAAAACGUUACAAACUUUACGUGUAAAGGAAACAAAAUAAAAAAGACAAAAGGAAAAAAAUACAAAGAAACUAGAAAAACGGAUAUGCUCGUGGCGUAUUUUCGCUUCAUCCGAGAAAAAUACUGAAAAUUUUUGAAAAAGAAAAAAAGGAAAAAAAAAAACAAGAAAUAAAUAAAAAACAAAAUAGAAAGGCGAGAUAAACUUCCUCUGAUUACGACUUCUAUCUGGAUCUAACUUGUUAUACUUCAAACGACGUUGUCUAUCGCAUGUGUGUAUAUGUCGAAGACUUCUAUAACGUUUUUAUGCAUAUGUGCAAAGUGCAUAGAACAAAUGCAUGUAACCUUCGAGUGUAACAAAACGGAUGGAAUAGUAUGAGAAGCAAAGUAAAAAAGCAGCUUUUUGCCUUUGUACCUCGAUUCAUUUUAAGCGAAAGAACUUCUUUAAAGAGCGAGAGAGAGAGAGAGAGAGAGAGAGAGAGAGAGAAAGUGAGAAAGAACAAGACAAAGAGCAGCGAGUACUACUUAUUGUAUACACAGUGACAUACUUGCAAGUAUUUGUUAAGGACAAAUACUCUUUUUAUUAAUGACGUCCACACGAACGUAAAAUGCACUUUUCCUGUUAUUUGGUAUGCAUCCGAGAGUUUUGAUCGAACAUAUUACGAAUGUUACGUGUGCGUGCGUGCGUGCGUGUAUGUGUGUGUGUACACAUACUAGAAAUGAGUUUGUGAAAAAAAAUGAUGUGAUCGGGAGAGAAGGCCCAUGCGACACAUAAAACUCGACGUAAAGAUAAAACGAUCUAAUGUUUAUAGGAAUUCGACGAUUUUUCGUAAUGUUAUCGCACGAUGCUGUUCCUUAUUUUCUUAUCUAUUAGUCUUGAUUUAAGGCUUAUAUCUAGAUAGUGAAUAACUACUGUGGAUAAAGGCCAAUUGUAUGUGUGUGUUUGUAUAUAUAUACACAUACAUACACAUUUACAUACAUACAUAUAUAUGUAAGCGAUCAUGGGUGAUUUCAAUCGAUGCUAUAUGUGUAUGCGUGUAAUAAGUCACAAUUAUUAAAAAAAAAAAGAAAAAAAGAAAAAAAAAAGAAAAAAAAUAAUGAAAAGAAACCUUUACUUUUGGGAUCACGAUACGUCUUUAUAUUAUUAGAAAUUUCCUACUGUCGUAAAACAAAAAAGAUUAAUUAGUUUUCUUCUAAGUAAUUUUUCGUACGGACACAUGAUGAACCGCAUAAGAUUGAUGAUCGUGAUCGUUACCGUUGUUCUAAUCGUCAUCUCAAUUUUUUCGUUUCCUUCGAACAACGUGCGAACGUUAAGGAUUCUUUUCACGAAUAACUCUUUGCAUAAAAAAGAAAAAGAAAACAACAAUAUUCCAUUCGAUUAUAAAAGAAGACAUUUGAACGAUACGUGCAGUCAUUGAGAAAUUUAAGGUAAAUGAGUGUAUUGUUUAAGAUAAAAUUGAUUCGACAUUUUUUUUAAAAUUACGUCGGGUUACGAAGAUCAGUUUCGCGUGUUCUUUGUCUAUUUCUACUCGAAAUAAUUUCAAGAUAUAAGAAGUCGAAGAAGACGGAUGGGGCAAACUUGUUGUUUUUUUUUAAUGCGUUCCACUUUUCUUUCGAUUCGUAUUUUUGAAAUGAAAUGAUAAUGUAUAUCUUAAAAAUUUCGAAACUCGUAAGUCUCUGUACCGGUAAAUUUCUCUGUGUAUUUGGAUUUGCUGCUUUUCUUUAUCUUUUUUUUUUGUAAACUUCACGAUUAUAAUCGAAAGAUAUGCACGUACGUAGGUACGUAUACAUAUAUACGAAUGAAAGAAAUGUGAAAGUAUGCAAACGAUAAAGAAGACACUGUGGGUGAUGAAGAUGUUUACGUGGAAUGGUGUUUGACGAACAUUACUACUAAAGUACUAAUAGAGAAUUCAAAUGAAAUCUUAUACAUAAUAAGUAUUAAACUGUACAUUGUGUUUGAUUGUACUUUGUGUUAUACGCCUCUGAUGCUGAAUAUAAUGGAAAUUCAAUCGGA